AUGGCUCAAUCCAGCAACUACUGGGAACACAAUGUGCUACCAUUUGCCAUCUUAAUUUUGACAGUUGUAGCCACGCAGUGCAUCAUUGGUAUCAUUGCAAAUGGGAUCAUCAUGGCUGUGAAUGUGGUCUCUUGGGUUCAGAAAAAGGCAAUUUCCAUAAAUACUAGGAUUCUGCUUCUCCUGAGUACAUCCAGAAUAGGCUUCCAAACCAUCAUCUUGGUAGAAACAACCUUCUCCACAUUCAAAGUUUUUUUUUACAACAGUGUUUCCUAUAGUAUCUUCAGAGUAAGUUUCAUUUUCUUUAAUUAUUGUGGCCUCUGGUUCGCUGCUUUGCUUAGCUUCUUCCACUUUGUGAAGAUUGCCAAUUUUUCUUACCCCCUAUUCCUCAAGCUAAAAUGGAGAAUUUCUGAAUUAAUGCCCUGGCUUCUGUGGCUCUCGGUGUUUAUUUCAUUCAGCUCCAGCAUGUUCUUCUGCAAGGACACCUACAUUGUGUAUAACAACAAUUCUAUAAGUUUCAACAUCUCCAACUUCACAAUAAAAAGGUACUUCGUUGAGAUCAAUGUGGUCAGUGUUGCUUUUUUAUUCAGUUUGGGAAUCCUCCCUCCUCUGAUCAUGGACGUUGCAGCAGCCACUCUGCUGAUUUUCUCUCUCAGGAAACACACCCUGCACAUGAGAAACUGUGUCACUGGCUCCAGAGACCUCAGCACAGAGUCUCACAUGCGGGCCAUCAAAGAAACCAGCUGCUUUCUCUUACUCUACAUUUCAAAUGCAGCUGCUCUGUUUGUGUACUUGUCCAACAUAGUCAAUGCCAGUUUUUUCUGGAGUAUUUUGCUUAGAAUCAUCCUGCCUUCCUACCCAGCUGGCCACUCAGUUUUACUGAUUCAGAACAACCCUGGAUUAAGAAGAGCCUGGAAGCGGCUUCAGUCCCAAAUGCACCUGUACUUACAAAGUAGAUGA